AUGGCGGGAGGUCCAUCUCGUCUACGACCCAGCAUCCGGUGUCUAUCCCCCUCCGUCCCUCGGGAUGAAUUCGCCUAUGAUAACAUGAUGCGCGUCAUGGGCGCGGAUGGCUCAGAGGACGAUUCCGACACGGGAUCAGAGGAGGACAGCGAGGAUUAUGGGGAUUUGGAAGAGGAUGAUAUGGCGGCGACUGGUGAUGACGUUGGAGCCGCAUCGGUGGCUGGGGAAGCAGCUCUCGGUAAGGAGGCGAAGUCCAGGUGGAUCCAAAAGGUCAAGAUGGACACCGUACCCGGGGAAGUCCGAGGCAAGCUGGGCACCUGGCUGAAUCAUCGGUCCAGCGCGGAAAGACCUCGGUUUCGGAUCUCGGACACGUCUCUCGUGGCUGUUGGAAACCGGUGCCAGCAAUUGCUCGGGCAGACCUUCGGACUAUCCCCUUUCAUAGCACAAUGUGCUGGCGGAUCAUACGGAACCCUCUCCUCCCUACCCGGCCACAGGAGCAACGGUAUCGGCUCCGGUAUCCUCCCCAGAUCCCUCAUCGCAACCGUCACAGUUCACAUUGAUCGCGACAUGAUUUAUUCCAUCGCUUCGAGUGGCGAGCGGACUAUCUGGGUGGUCGAGAACAAUUGUUCCUUGGGCCCAGAUUCACUCGAUCUAUACACCCUCUUGGUGACGACAUACACAAGGCUGGCGGAAUUCCAGCCAGGAUUAUACCGUUUGAAGGGACAGGAGGGACAUAUGGACGAUCUGGACCUCUCCAUAUUCGCUUCCAGCAAACAUUGGCUGGAGGAGGAUAGUCCCUCGGGGCCGCGUCAUACCCAUAUCGGCCGCUUUGCGGAACGGAAAUUCCUCCUCACCGACAUCUUCCUCCGUGACGUCCGCAAGCGACGAGCGGGACUCUGCCAGGCCGGUGCCAGUAACAUCUGGCAGCCGGCAUUUGCGAGUCCUCCAUGCGCGGCAUGCGGCUGUACGUACGAGCGGGACGAGACUGCAGCGGAUGAUGCGGACAGAGUUGAGGGAAGAUUGGUGGGAAACGAAGUAGUGGACAGUGAGGAGGAGGACGAGGGCAUGGAAGGUAUGUAG